AUGUCUGAAGAAGUCAUCCACGCAAUAACAAUUGGCCAAAUUUCUGAUUUCAAUAGUUUGCAGCUUAAAGAAAUUCCUCUGCCACACGUACCGACUGGCUAUGUCUUAAUUCAAACCGAAUUUGCUAUCGUCAAUGUUGCAGACGAACUAGCUGUCUCUAACAUUACAAAGCGUCCAGCUCAUAGUACUCUUGGACUAGAAGGGUCAGGUGUUGUCGUUAGAAGUGGAGGUGGCCAGCUUGCAGACUCCUUUUUAAAUCGAAGAGUGGCAUUCUUAUCCCGAGGUCCUCAAGCAACAGGCUCUUUCUCUGAUCUUGUCAUCACUGAUGCUAAAUAUGUGCUUCCAUUGCCUGAUCAAAUUUCUUUUGAGCAAGGAGCCAGCUUACUUUAAUAUACACUUUCAUAAUAAUUAUCGGUUAAAUAAUAUAUUCUAAUAUAAAUAUAAUAAAAAUUAACACCUUAAAUUCAUCAUAACUGUAAAUAACCCAUUUACUGCUGCAUAUCUUGUCAAAAAGAUAAAAGACGGUAAUCAUAGAGCUGUGAUCCAAAAUGCUGCUGCCAGUACAGUGGCCAGAUGUCUGUUCCAAUACUGUACAUAUUUAGGAAUUCCAGUUAUAAACCUUGUGAAGGACAAUGAAGAAGAAAAUUUAUUGCGUUCGCUAAAUGCUGAAUAUAUUAUUAAUGUUUCUCAACAAGGCUGGAUAGAUAGGGCAAAAGAGCUAGCAAGGUCAAUUAAAGCAACUAUAGCGUUUGACAGCGUUGGAGGAGAUUUCACUGGGGAAUUGUUAGAAAUUUUAGAUGAGCCAGGAAUCUUAUAUGUGUUUGGAGCUUUGUCACUGCAGCCAUGCAGAAUUAAACCUUCUGCUUUAUUGGGACAGAAGAAAACAGUAUUGGGAUUGGAUAUAGAAAAAUGGCUAGCUAAAACGACCACUUUGAAGAAGACAAAACUGCUGCAGAAAGUCCAGGGUUUGAUAGGAAAUGUGAUUAAUGUGGAUUAUACUGAUACUGUGGGAUUAGAUAGAGUGAAAGAUGCAUUGUGCCAAUAUAGAGAAAAAAAGACAGCCAAUAAAUUUUUGAUUAGAACAAGAAAUCAUUAA